CAUCAGCCAGGACAACGAGACAACACAGUCACUCGACUCAAACUCCCAGCUUCCAAGUUCCAUCUCUCAGAGAAAUGCAGUCUCCUCUUUCGAACUCUUAAAUGGCCAAAAAAUUGCUGUUUCAUUCACUAUGAUGCUCUCUCUCUAUACAUCUCCAAACCUAAUAACCUUAAAUUUCAAUGCUCAGGCACUCUCCAAUCCCUUCCCCUUCUCCCUUCCUCUCCUCUCUCCGCAAAUCAAUCCACUGGAAACCCCGCCACGAAUCCAACCUCUCCCGACCCGAACUCCACGAGCGCAUCUCUCGUCUCCUAAUCCUACGUCGUUUUGACGCCCUCGAAAACCUCAACUUCCAUUUCUCCGAUAACCUUGUAGACUCCAUCCUCGUUAAGCUCAAGUUAAAUCCUGAAGCCUGUCUUAAUUUCUUCCAAUUAGCCGCAAAACAACCUAAUUUUACACCGAGCGUUAAAUCUUACUGUAAACUUGUUCACAUUCUAUCUCGAGCUCGAAUGUACGAUGAGACCAGAUCGUAUUUAAAUGAACUGGCUUCUCUUUGUAAGAAUAAUUACACUUCUUUUCUUGUUCUUGAUGAGCUUGUUAGGAUUUAUAAAGACUUUAAGUUUUCGCCGUUAGUUUUUGACAUGAUUUUGAAAGUAUAUGCAGAAAAAGGAAUGGUAAAGAAUGCACUCCACGUGUUUGAUAAUAUGGGGAAGUACGGUCGUAAACCGAGUUUACGGUCUUGUAAUAGUUUGUUGAGUAAUUUAGUUAAAAGGGGCGAAAGUUAUAGUGCAGUUCUUGUUUAUGAUCAAAUGAGAAGGUUGGAUAUUGUGCCUGAUGUUUUUACUUGUGCAAUUAUGGUUAACGCUUAUUGUAAGGCGGGGAAGGUGGAGAGAGCGGUGGAAUUUGUUAGGGAAAUGGAGAAGUUAGGGUUUGAAUUGAAUGCAGUUAGUUACAAUAGUUUGGUUGAUGGAUAUGUUAGUCUGGGAGAUAUAGAGGGGGCGAAAGGGGUUUUGAAGUUUAUGAGUGAAAAGGGGGUUAUGAGAAAUAAGGUUACGUUUACGUUGUUGAUCAAGGGUUAUUGUAAACAAUGUAAGGUGGAGGAAGCAGAGAAGGUGCUUAGAGAGAUGGAGAAAGAGGACGGAGUGGUUGUUGAUGAGUAUGCUUAUGGUGCGCUGAUAGAUGGGUAUUGUAAAGUUGGUAAAAUGGGUGAUGCUAUCAGGGUUAGGGAUGAGAUGCUGAAGGUAGGAUUGAAGAUGAAUUUAUUUGUUUGCAAUUCUUUGAUUAACGGGUAUUGUAAAAGUGGUCAAGUUCACGAGGGAGAGAGGUUGUUGAUGUGUAUGAGAAAGUGGGAUUUAAAGCCAGAUUCUUAUAGUUAUUGUACUCUUGUGGAUGGAUAUUGUAGAGAUAGUCUCAGUAGCAAAGCUUUCAAUGUUUGCGAUCAGAUGCUUCAGAAGGGGAUUGAACCAACUGUUGUAACUUAUAAUACUCUUCUCAAAGGCUUAUGUCGUGUUGGUGAUUACAAGGAUGCUUUGCGCCUUUGGCAUUUGAUGCUACAGAGAGGGGUCACUCCUAAUGAGGUUGGCUAUUGUACUCUACUAGACGGACUUUUCAAGAUGGGUGAUUUUUCGAGGGCUUUAAUCCUGUGGGAUGAUAUUCUAGCUAGAGGUAUAAACAAAAGCAUAUACGCUUUCAAUACAAUGAUCAAUGGGUUGUGUAAGAUGGGGGAAAUGGAUGGCGCAAAGGAGACUUUUAAAAGAAUGAAGGAAUUGGGCUGUAAACCUGAUGGAAUAACAUAUAGAACCCUAAGUGAUGGGUAUUGUAAGGUUGGAAACGUGGAAGAAGCUUUUAAAGUUAAAGAGAAAAUGGAAAAGGAAGAAGUUUUUCCUUCCAUUGAAAUGUAUAAUUCCCUAAUUGUUGGACUUUUUACUUCCAAGAAAAUAAGUAAAUUGACAGAUCUUCUUGCAGAGAUGUACACUAGGGGAUUGUCCCCUAAUGUUGUUACUUAUGGAGCCCUUAUUGCUGGUUGGUGUGAUCAAGGUAGACUGGAUAAAGCUUUUAGUGCAUAUUUUGAGAUGAUUGGGAAGGGGUUCGCUCCCAAUGUAAUUAUUUGCAGCAAAAUUGUUAGUAGCCUCUACAGGCUUGGUAGGAUUGAUGAAGCAAAUAUGCUCUUGCAGAAGAUGGUGGAUUUUGAUCUUGUUUUAGAUCACAGAUGUUCGGAAGAUUUUCAGAAUACUGAUAUUAGAAAACUAGACUGCUGGAAAAUUGCCGAUACCCUCAAUGAAAGUGCUAUUAAAUUUUCUCUCCCCAACAAUGUGGUGUACAAUAUAGCUAUGGCAGGGCUUUGCAAGUCUGGGAAGGUUAAUGAUGCAAGGAGAUUUUUCUUGGGCCUGUCACACGGAAGCUUUACUCCUGAUAACUUCACAUACUGCACCUUAAUCCAUGGCUUUUCAGCUGCUGGUUAUGUGAAUGAAGCUUUCAACUUGCGUGAUGAGAUGGUGAAAAAGGGUCUUGUUCCAAACAUAACUACAUACAAUGCUCUACUGAAUGGCCUUUGUAAGUCGGGAUAUCUGGAUAGAGCACGGAGACUUUUCGAUAAACUUCACCUGAAGGGAUUAAUUCCAAAUGUUGUUACUUACAAUAUAUUGAUAGAUGGCUACUGUAAAAGUGGCAGUCCUAGAGAAGCCUUGGACUUGAGAGGCAAAAUGUUAAAAGAAGGGAUUUCUCCUUCUAUUAUUACUUAUUCAUCCUUGAUUAAUGGUUUUUGUAAGCAAGGUGAUGUGGAAGAAGCUAUGAAGCUUUUAAAUGAGAUGAAAGCAUCAAAUGUGGACCAAACUAUAGCCACAUUCUCCAAGUUAGUUGAGAUUUGUGUUCAACAUGGAGAUGUUAAGAAGAUGUCCAAGCUUCACAAUAUGAUGCAUAUGGCAUGUCCCUCCGCUGGCAUUACUUCUCAUAAACAAACAGAGUUAUCAGAGCUCUCAAACGCCAAAGAAAUGCUAGAUUCAUAUACCAUCUCUGAAGCUGCAUGUUGAUGAAGGAGUAAACUAAGAUUUUCUAUGAGGAAAUUGUUUCAUUUAAUGGGAACAAAUUUAACUCAACCUUCUACAAGGGAGGCUUUGGUUGUAAUCCAUCUGUUUUAUAAUGCUUUAUAGUUCCAAACAUUGCCUGCUCUGACCAUCUUGAAGCAGGAAAGAUUGUGCUCAGUGGGAGGGUCUUAUGCAGCAGGCUGGAGGCAAAUUCUGUCACGCCUUGUGAAUAUCUCACUAGUAGCUACUAGCAUUCUUUUGCAAUGACAGUUAAAUGAUGAUGGAAGUCCAACUUCUGUACAUUUCAGUUGAGGGUGUGGCUCUUAUUAUAGGUUCUCUUGGAAACCGGAAACCCACCUCCAAUGUAUCAUGAUGUACCCACUAUUUUCAUCAUGGUGGGAUUUGCAACUUGGAUCGUGCCUGAAGAUUGAAAAUGUCCUCCACUGUCAUAUGCCUGGUAACCGGGACAGGAAUCAUUUGGGAUGGACACUAUGAAAGUUUAUUUCUUGUUUAAAGUUGAUGGAUCUAAAAGUGCAAUUAACGAGGGACCAUUGCAAGAGAAGGCUAAUCAAUAGCUCCCAAACCAAAAAUUGGCAGCCUCGGCAGAAAGGCAGAUUAGGAUUGCAAAGCUGCAUCAAGAUAGAUGCGAGGAAACGAUGCAACCAUGCAUCAAGAGAUAAAAGCAGGCAGAAUGGGGCUGCUCAUGUCUAGCUUGGUUGUCAUGGAUGUCUGUUUCUAUUCUUACAAGCAAUUCAACUAUAAAUACAAUUCUAAUUGUUUGACUUGUGUUCUGAUGAUGGUGCAGGAUCCAUUUAAUGAAUUUCCUGAUUAAAUUCUUGUGAAUAUUUUUUCCUACUUGAGUACGAAAGAAGCAGCAGCAUCAAGUGGUGGAGAUAUAUGUGGACAUUUACUGCUGGAAGUUUGAAGUUUGACGAGUCUAAAACAGCAUGGAAUCAUACUUCUUACUAAUGAAUUCAGGUCAAAGAGUUCCACCUGGUAAAAUGGUCGAACCAAUGGGAUUUGUUAAGCAGAUGAAUUAACCUUGUCUCGGAUUAUGCAUCAGUGUCCAACGACAGGUGAAUUAAUAAUUUGCAAUGAACUAGAUGAAUAUUGAGACUUGGACAGGAUUUGCGUUGAACAAGAGAGUUAAAGGGGUCAAGCCAGACUUGACUCCACUUCGGCCAGGCAUCAGCUGGCCUUACACUCUUACAGCUCGGUUUCUUUGUAAUCAGUCCACAUCCCGUAAGAGCUUCUCCAGUUGACUGGUAUGCAAGAGAGACCAAGAGAACUUUUAGGCUAAGUUUUUAUCUGGUUGUCCAUUUUUUGAGAUGCUAUGUUCAAGAAGCUCACCAAUCUUGGAUUUCUUCUGGCCCUUCAUUGAAGCUGAAACGCCAGGAGAUACAAAGCUUGUUCCACUUUGGAAUGGAUUGAGGUUUCUGCGAUAAAUCGUGUUUCAUUUGAAAAUUGGAGAAAAGACAUUCACUUUUUCUUCGCAAACACUGCCAGCAUUUGCAGAGCAUCUUUUGAGGACUGGACUAUAUAGACACCAGCUUUGGCGCCUGUCCAAAGUUUCGUAAUCCCAGACAAUCAUUCUCCCAGUAUCAAUAAAAUUCUCUUUUUCUUCAA